ACCUUCCUUACAUUGAGCCGGCCCUGCUUGCGGCUACUUCAACCUUUACAGCGAUAAGUAACCCGGUAUUCCAUAUUGAAAAUCCUAUAAUUUGUCAGGGAAAAGCAUUAAGGAAGUGGGUAGUGGGGAAUGGAAGAAGCACUGUUGUCGCCAGCAAGGGAAGAGAGAGUAUGGAGGCCGACUAUAGGACGGGGUGCCUUUGCGGAAGAGCUAAAAAGGUUGAGCUUCAUGGCAGCACCGAUGGUGGUGGUUACAGUGUCACAGUAUCUGGUGCAGGUUGUGUCGCUGAUGAUGGUAGGACAUCUGGGUGAACUCUCACUCUCCGGUGUUGCUAUAGCCGUCUCUUUCACCAACGUCACUGGCUUCAGUCUUCUUUUUGGAAUGGUUGGUGCUUUGGAAACUCUAUGUGGGCAAGCAUAUGGGGCAGAGCAGUACCAGCAACUCGGGAUAUAUACUUACUGUGCAAUAAUUUGUCUUACAUUGGUUUGUCUGCCGGUGUCUCUACUCUGGAUGUUUGUCGACAAAGUGUUGGCACUGCUUGGCCAAGACCCUUCAAUCUCACUUGAAGCUGGCAAAUACUCAAUUUUUCUCAUUCCUGCAUUAUUCGGCUAUGCUGUUCUCCAAUCGUUGGUUCGCUACUUACAAUCUCAAGGCUUGAUCAUUCCAAUGCUCUUUACCUCUUGCGCAACGCUAUGCUUCCAUGUUCCUCUUUGUUGGGCUUUGACUUUUAACUUUAAACUGGGAAUUAUUGGAGCAGCUUUAGCUAAUGGUUUAUCGUAUUGGUUCAAUGUAACAAUGCUUGGAUUAUACGUGAGGUAUUCUUCGGCUUGUGAGAAAACCCGCAUCACGUUUUCGAAGGAUGUUUUCCGACGCAUUACGGAGUUCUUUCGCUUUGCUAUCCCCUCUGCUGUGAUGGCUUGUAUUGAAUGGUGGUCAUUUGAGCUGCUUGUACUACUUUCUGGGCUUUUUCCAAAUCCGACAAUUGAAACCUCUGUUCUUUCUAUAUGCCUUUCGACAAUGUCACUGCACUACUACGUUCCAUAUGCUGUUGGUGCUGCUGCAAGUACUCGGGUUUCAAAUGAACUAGGAGCUGGGAAUCCACAAGUAGCACGAUUAUCUGUUAGUACUGCGAUGUUUCUUGGAGCCGUGGAGAUAGUCACUGUGAGUACAACUCUUUUUUGCUGCCGUUCUGUAUGGGGGUAUGCUUACAGCGAUGAAAAGGAAAUUGUGGAUUAUAUGAAAGGAAUGACUCCAUUGCUCUGUUUAUCGGUAAUCAUGGACACCUCACAAGCUCUGCUUUCUGGGGUUGCUAGAGGAAGUGGGUGGCAACAUAUAGGCGCCUUUGUCAACCUUGGAGCAUAUUACUUGGUUGGAAUACCAGGGGCUGUUGUAUUGGGUUUUGUUCUACAUUUAAGAGGGAAGGGCCUAUGGAUUGGGAUAUUAGCUGGUUCUACUGUACAAGCAGUCACGCUAGCUCUGGUUACAACCUUCACAAAUUGGCAAAAACAGGCGACCAAGGCAAGGGCGAGGAUAUUUCAGGGAACAAUAUCUGCUGAGACUUGAUUAGUUUGAGCUGUUCAUAUGGCAUAUUAUAUUGAGAAAUAGCUUUAAAUCCUUGGAACAUUUUGUAAAAAAAGAUUACGAUCGUUAGCAUUUUAGAAGUCAUGGAUUGUCAACAGCUCAAGUGCGAAGUCCUGCGAGAACUCCAUACCUUGUAGGCACAAGGCUAUGCGUAUAUAUUGCUGUUCGUGCUAUGAUAAUCCUUGUAGUCUGGAGAUUGAGCCAUCCAUUUACGAGCACAUAGCUCUGCCUUAUAAUGUUUGGUUAUGAAUGCUAAUCUGUCUCUUGGGUUUUGUAGAUAUGAUCUUGUAACCAGUUUUAUUAAGAUUUUCGCCAAGAUCGUCCUCAACAUCACUUGCUCUGGGUUGUCCAAUAAAAAGUUAAAAUCAGUACCCCUCCAUAUUGUUCUUACAAUUUUCAACUCAAAUUAUGAAUACUGACAGUAUAUUGUUCUUUCAAACGUCUUAAGACAUGAGGGACCAUAUUAGGCAUGCAUCUAUAUCUUGGGCGAGAUUCUUGCGUUAUUUAGCAUCCGACCUUCACCUUUGUUCGAUAAUACUAUUGGAUACAUUAUAUAUUCAGAAAACUAAAAUUCUGAUCAACAUCUUGCAGAAUUUCUAAGCCAGAAAAUCGACAUAAAUGGUACUGCUGGGAAAGGCUUUUUAUCCAAAUAAUUGCAGGUACGUGUGACACUGGCCAGUUUUUUAAUAUAGUAUUUCCCCUUAUAAAGUUGUCCGCUGGAUCGUACGUUGGUAAGAAGAUGUAUAUAUAUAAAGUAAAAAAAAUGCUCCACCGUAGACAAAAAGUAUGAAUCAUUACCUAUUUUAUUUAUCUUCCUCCACACAACAAUUAUGAGAAUACCAAGGAAAAAAAAAGGUACUAUGGAGAUCAGUAUCAAACAAACGUCGAUGUAUUCUGUACACAAUAAAAUAUUGGAGUCCCUAAGAUUCAUAUUUAGCAGUACUGCAGAAAGAUGUGGUGAAAAUUACAUACCUUGCGCAAGACACAUAAAGAUAUCUUAUUUCUCCCUCGGAAAGAAAUAAAAAAGGAAACAAAAGCCAGAAAAGAAAGAAAAAGAAUAAGAACAAUAUAAGAUCCUUACUCCUUAAUUUUCCUUAUUCCAUAGCGUCCUGGCUCCGUUGAAGUGCGUGAUACAGUGCAUGCUAGUAAGGUGGAGGAGGGCGAUUCCAUGGUGGUGGAGGAUGAGGACGAUAAGGGUCUGCAAAACCGUAAGGUUGUGGGGGUGGAGGGGGACCAGGUGGUGGUGCAUAGCCAUAAGGUGGUGGGGGUGGUCCUGGUGGAUGAUGGUGAUGUGG